AUGGUGAACAUCACGGAAAAGAUCAAGGAGAUUGAGGCCGAAAUGGCCAGGACGCAGAAAUAUCACUUGGGUCUUCUUAAAGGAAAGCUCGCUCGUCUGAGGGCACAACUUCUGGAACCUGGCCCAGGUGCAGGUGGCCCUGGCGGAGAAGGGUUCGAUGUCACGAAGAGUGGUGAUGCUCGUAUUGCACUUGUUGGUUUCCCUUCAUUCUCGAUCUUCCAGGUAUCAUCGAGGGUGCAGCAGAAGGCAAGGGUCGUGGAAGACAGGUUAUCAGUGCCGCNAAAGACCAGCGACAUGAUCUUGAUGGUCUUGGACGCAACGAAAAGAGCCGAACAAAGAGCUCUUCUAGAAGCCGAGUUGGAGGCCGUCGGCAUCAGGUUGAACAAACAGCCCCGUGAGAAUAUCUACUUGAAGCCGAAGAAGGCUGGUGGCAUGAAGAUCACCUUCCAAACCCCUCCUAAGAACGGCCUCGACGAGAAAAUGUUGUAUAACAUUCUCCGUGACUACAAGAUCUUGAAUUGCGAAGUGCUUGACCACCGCACAUACAUCAACUGCCUUUAUGUAUAUAACAAGGUCGAUGCCAUCGGUCUCGAUCACAUGGACAUGCUAGCAAGAGAACCCAACACCGUCAUCAUGAGCUGCGAGCUCGAUCUCGGCGUCAGAGAUGUAGUAGAUCGAUGCUGGGAAGAACUCGGCUUGAUCCGUAUCUACACCAAGAGAAAGGGCAUCGAUCCAGACUUCAGCGAGGCGCUGAUCGUUCGUGGCAACUCGACAAUCGAAGACGUCUGUGAUGCCAUCCAUCGCAAUCUCAAGGAGAGCUUCAAGUAUGCGUUGGUAUGGGGUGCUUCUGCCAAACACAUCCCUCAAAGGGUUGGUCUGGGUCAUGUUGUCUCUGACGAGGACGUGGUGUCGAUUGUUGGUACCAAGUCUGGUCUUGCAGCGAAGUAG